UUUCCGUUCCGUUUAGUGUUGGUGUUUGUGUAUUGUGGUGUCGUCCCGUCCCUUUCUGGUCGCUGGAGCGUCAAACCCGAAAGGCAAGGCGCUGGCUGUUGAGGCCGCUUUGCCGUUUCGCUCCCUCCGGAUUCUGGUCGGUCGGCUGGCUGAUCGCGUACUCGCACUCGUACGGGGAACCGAUUUCGUCAUUUCUGUGUGUUACUACACAUUGUUGAUGUCGAAUUUCGAGGCUUAAUUGGGCUCAUUUUCGGGAGUUGGUGGAUUCGGUUUCCUGUUGUAUUUCCCGGAUACCUGUGCAUGCAGAGCUUCGUGUGUUUUUGGGUGUGAUAAUCGCUUGGUAGCCCGUGAGUUGCAGUGAAACAGAUGUCAGAAGAAUGCAAUUGACAAACGAGACGAGUGCGGAGGAUGGUUUCCAGCAUCGAGAGGUAGCAUAGAACCCGAAGAUCGCGCAUCAGGCCCCGUCAUCGAUCGGAACAGCUUUUCAGAGUUGGGAGUUUACCAGGGGAAGACAAAAGCGAUAUUCGGGGUGUGCGUGCGUGUGUUUAGUGUACCAUAGAGAGCAUAGAUCAUAAAGUGAGUGUAAUGUUGUGUGUGGCCCACAGAAGAGCAUAAAACAGCCAGAAGAAGGGAAGAAAGGGAUCGCUGCCUGGAUGGUUUGAAGUUUUAUAGAAUGCGCGAUCGUAUCGUCGACGUUUCGUAAACGCAGAGACAGUUUCUAGCCAUUCCAAGUGGGGUAUCGUUUCAGUGCUUAUCCCUUGAAGAAAAAAUAAAUACGAGGCUGGAGAGUUAAUUAGUGAAAUCUUGAGUCAAUUGCGUUGUGCGAAUUCAGGCGGCUGAUUCACCCACUGUCCAGUUCCAAGAGAAGUGAGAGCGAGGGAGUCAUCGUCGUCGUCGUCGUCGUCAUUCCAGCCAGGCACAGAAGAUCGCGUCGAUGAUCUGAUCGUGAAUAUAUGUCAGCUUGGGUGGAUAAUUGGUACGGCAAGCAAUGCAGGUGGUGUCGCUUGAGCUAGCAACGAUUAACUCAACAACACAAAACAACGCGAACGAGAAGCACUUGAAAAAGUAAAGAUCAAAUCUCGUUUCUGGCCAGCUGAAUGUGAACGUGAAGUCAAGCUGUCAAAGGAUUUUGAGUCGAUCUGCUGGUGCUGCUAAAUGACGUCACCAAGUUCCAUGGCUUCUUGUUUCGCUCGUUGAAGAAACCUCGAUUAACCAUCGGCAGCACAUAUGAACGGAUCGAUGAGCAGCGCCGUUGCCCACAGCUACUUGGCCACAAUCGAAAAUUAUGAGGAGAAAUCACAUGCUGAUAAGCACCACCGUCGAUGAGUUCAAAAAAUGUUGGCAAUAUGUUACCGCCGCAGUGUGAUUCCACUAACGAAAACAACGAUGUGAUAGACGCGGAUGUUGCUAACACUAACGCCACUACUACUAACACCAGCAGCGCCAGCUGCAGCACUAGUGCCGCUACUACCACCAAUAGUAGCCCCAGUACAGGCACGGCGAGCCGCGGCGGCGAUCAUACGGCUGCGACAAUGUGCAAAAUACCAUCGGUGAUCGCUUCUGUAGAGGGCGCUCUGACUACCACGACCGUGAUGGCAUCUGCUGGCAGUGCCAACAAUAUGACGAAUAGCAGCAAAGGCAACGGUAGCAUCAUCAGCAACAACAACAACAACCACACCAACGAGUUCGACAUGAUCAAUAGCAACGACCCGUACGCCGAACUCGAACGAUAUCUGGAAAAGGUCAAGGCUGAAAUCUCCGAGGUAUUUGCGCAGCUGGAAGCUUCCAAACGGGCGGACGGCGGCAACAACGGUUCUGCCACGGUCAAUAUCGGGAAUGGUGACUUCUCCGUUACCCCCGCUGCUGUUCCUGAGCAUGGCGGAAAUAGAACCAACCGGAGGACAACGGUCAACAGUGGCAGCGCCCGGGAUAGCAAUUACAACACCAAAGCCAGCCGUUGCCAAAAUGUGGCCUGCAUCGGUGACACGGUGGACAGCGUCGGAUUGGAAACCACCGAGCGGUUGCUGAGGGAGAUUGUGGCCACGCUUCCUCGGCAGCAACAGCAACUGCAACAACAGUCUGUCUCAUCGCCGCAGCAGCAAAACCAUCUCGGCUCGCGAGAGCGGAACAACAAUGGUGCUUUUGAAUCAUCGCCGGCAGUGGCGGCAACUCGACUCGGCUGCGGAGAUCCCACGUUCAUCAUCAACGCUGGCAGCGAUCCUCCCCAUCAUCAUCAUCAUCAUGAGCAUCAACGGCAUCAUGAAUUGGUGUUGAAGAUCGACGAAGAUCACGACCACGAUAAGCCGCCAGAGUCGGAGAAACGGUCCCAGCGAUUCAACCAUAACUCAUCCUCCAACAGUCGACUGCUCACGGUUGGUGCUCCCGACAAUAGUCAAUCGUCGGAUUAUGAAAAUAACACCUGUAGCAGUAGUCGGGAGCUGCAGGACAGCUUGUCCGACGACAUGAGCCUGCUGGAGGAACUCAGCGUCUACGAUAGUCACGAGCACGACGAGGAUUGCUCCGACAGCAAGGAAGCGGAAACGUCCUCCCCGAGGCACCAAUUCCACCACCCGACGUCACUCCAACAGCCGAACCUUCAUCAUCCCCACAGAAGAUCCCCCCAGUCCUCGUCGUCGUUUCCGAACGCAGACAAGCUGAAAACCAGUACAAAUAGUCUACCUUCCACUAGCCGCAACCAUAGUCUACACCAUAAGUUUAGGAACCACCAGAACGUAAUCGAUGCCAAAAGACGACAGUUUUUCCUGCCCCUGGAGCAGGAACCAUUCCAGCCGGUCAAGUCCAACAUCACCGAUUUACCGUCACCGAGUAGCACCUCGCUGCACAGCGGGUACAACCACCUGAUACUGGAGGACCUGGGCACCAAGAGCAGCUCGGCGCCGCUGCUGAUGAAGAACGAGGAACCGGAGAUUGGCGAGCGGAGGAAUCUGAGAUACUCGCGGUCGCAAAGUGACAGGCAUCUGGCAGAAAUUGAGGCCAUUGAAGCGUGUCGAUGGCUUCGAGCUGCCGGAUUUCCACAGUAUGCUCAAAUGUACGAAGAUCACCAGUUUCCGAUCGAAAUCAAUGACGUAGCCAAGGACCACCCGUUUCUGGAGAACGACCCGCUGCAGUCCCUGUACCGACGGCUACAAACGCUCAACCGCUGUGCAAACAUGCACAUCGAUACGCACCAGCAUUCACAUCCGCCGAAGCCGAGCGAAGACUCGGAUGACGACAGCUGUGCCCUGUCGGAAGCUUGGACCUUUGCCCACAACAGCCGGAGGUGGUCCCGAGUGGAAGACGCUGCCGGGUUGGUCAGUGUGAUCAAGCAGAAACAAUCCAAGCAGAGCGACGUCAGCACGGUCAACGAAACCGAUUCGGCGGACGAGUCGUCCAAGAGCGGUUCCAAGACUACGACUACGGACGACAAGGAAAACUGGGGCGACGAUGGAGUGACGUUGAGCAUUCUGUCCGACAGCGAUCAACAGGACGGUCCCGUCAGACUACGGAGGACAGGCAGCGAAAGACUCAAAGAUGGCGCCAAGGCACUGCUUCGGCGGGUCGAAUCUAUCAAGUCCCGUCGACGGAAGCGACAGAAUCGCGAUGGACUCAUCCUCUGUGGCCCGCAUUCUUCCAGCUUAUCACCUAGUCAUCACAAUGUUGAAGACUUGAAGCAUAUCGAUGUGAUGUCUUUCUCCAAUCCCUCAUCUCCUAGACCUUCGGCGGCACUGGGUGACCAUCGAAGGGACAAUACCCUUGGAACGAACGAGAUCGUGUCGAACCUACUGUCACCCUAUACUCUUAGUCCUUUUGGGCACAUGGUUGAAGAUAACAAUAAAAAGGAGCACAAACGUAGCACCAAUAGAUCUAGUCCGUUGCACUUUUUCAUUCAGCUGCAGGAAGCCAAGUCGGGUGACGACUCGUCCUCCAUCUGCAGCGAAGACAGCCAGGAUUUGAACACCGGCUACUUCGCUGGAAGGGUUGUGAAGACUCCUAGCAAGAAGUAUCCUAAGGCUAAAAAACUGCUGCGCAAUAAAGUGACCGCUGAUGACUCCGGAGCGCUUUCGGAUUCGGAGUAUCAGUCUAAGUUAAGGCGAGCUAAAGUAUCUAGUGAUUUGAAGGAGAAAAGUAAUAAUACACUUCAGGUUUCAAAGCUGAACCGUGGAGGUUCGCUGAACUUGGGGAAGAACUCCAAGCGUUACCGUGAUGCAUUCCAUAAUCGUUCGAUGAGAGUGGCAAAGACCAGCGACGAGAAGGAUGGGGACGACCGGAAGCGUACUAUUGUUGCUAGAUGGCAUAGCUUUCAGCAACCCAAGACCUCGGAAGGGCGCCGAAUGGGCAUUGUAGACUUGAAGGAUGACGGAGCUAGAGACAAAGGAAAGUACUCGGGAGGAACCAGCAUCGUGGAGAUGUCCUGUGGACAAUUGCUGGUGGUACGGAAACUGGCUUUGGUCACUCUAACAGGAUACAUGGAACGCUACUGCCCAACGCACCGUUCCGGCUGGAAUUGGGAUCUGCCAAAGUUCAUCAAACGAAUCAAAACACCAGACUAUAAAGAUAAGAAAGUAUUCGGAAUACCACUAGUCCACAACCUGCAAAGAUACGGCAAUACUCUACCGGAGAUAAUCCAGAUGGCGCUGACUUGGUUGGAGCUGAACGCUUUGGACCAGGUCGGAUUAUUCCGAAAACCCGGCGUCAAGUCACGGAUAGCGAAACUGAAGUCCACCAUCGAGUCGGGCAAUAAUGUCUCCAACCGGAUGGACGUCUUCGACGAUCACCACGCCUAUGACGUCGCGGACAUGAUGAAGCAAUAUUUUAGAGAGUUACCAGACCCACUAUUGACGGCGAAACUGUCCGAGACCUUCGUCGCAAUAUUCCAGUAUCUUCCAAUUGAAGUUCGAGCGGAGGCAGUGCAAUCGGCAAUUCUGCUACUACCAGACGAGCAUCGGGAGGCGUUGUACACCCUACUAACUUUCCUGGAAAAGGUCACCACAAACGCGUGUCAAAACCAAAUGACGGCAAACAAUCUCGCCGUCUGCUUGGCACCUUCUCUAUUCUACUCAAUUUCCGGGAAUAGGUCAUCUACGGCGUCGCCCCGACGGAAGAAGGGUGCUACUGGUCAACCGGACGAAAAGGAACUCUCGGAGACGCGGGCAUCGCACGAUUGUCUGGCUUUUCUGAUCCAAAACUACCGGACGCUGUGGACCAUUUCGAGCGAUCGGAUGCGCAAGUGUAGCUUCAACUACAUGGAAGAGUCGAAACCGGUGCCGUUGGAAUCGCUUGGGGCGGAACUGCACGUGCAAAACUGGCGUGGCUAUCUGACCGAGUGCAUCAAGGAGUGCGUCCGGGAAGGAAAGGAAAGGCCACGUGGUUGGGUAUCGCUCAAUACCUCGGACCCAACCGUCACGGUGUACUUCAAGAAGGUCGGCGAUGGACAUCCGCUGCGGCUGUGGAAGGCUGUGACCGAGGUGGAGGCCCCUCCUACCGAAGUGAUCAACCACAUCCUGAAUGAACGGAACCUCUGGGAUGACCAUCUGCUCAAGUCGAGGAUAGUGGAACGGCUCGAGAGCGACACGGACGUGUUCCAGUACGUGUGUGGGCAACCCAUUACCGACUAUUGCGUGUUAAGACAGUGGAACAAACAGCAAUCACGAGGCGCUUGCGUCAUCGUCGAGGUUUCUAUCACGCAUAAUGGUGCUCAACUGCUGCUGGGAGGAGUUCGAGGCGUCGUACUGGCUUCCCGCUACCUCAUAGAACCCUGCGGUAGUGGCAAAUGCAAACUGAUGCAUCUAUCCCGUGUGGACAUGAAGGGUCGCACACCGGAUUGGUACAACAAAAACUACGGUCACAUCUGUCAGCAAUAUCUUUCGAGAAUCAAAAAGUUUUUCGAACACUACACCGAGGGACCUGAGAGCAAAGUAUAAACACGUAGUUAUGCACCGUCAAAGCAACAAAGAAUCAAUAACAUAUGAAGAUAAAAACUAAACAAAAAGCAUUAUAAGUAAUUAACACAGUCAAACCCACACACCACUAAGCAAAGCAACAUGAGAAAAUAAGAAAAGAAGCAAAAUAAGAAUGAGAGUGUAUCAAACGUUUCCAAACAUUCCAAAAUUUUGAUUACCAAGUGCCUAAACCAUGAUAUUCUCUUAGUUUGUGAACCGAAGAAUCCCAGCAUCAUCCGUACCCAGGAAGCGUACAGAGCGAGAAGAGGAGAGUAUAUUUUAGGAACGCGGAAAAGCAGGAGAGCAAGUAAACACAAAACUAAAACUAGUCCAAGCAAAUCAACUUAACCAAUUUCACAACACUAAUAACACGAAUCACGUUUUUUAUUAUUUUAUUUUAUAGAUAUUAUUGUUAAAGUUUAUAUCGUAGCGAAAAGAGAAUCAAACAAGUAAGCAACAAACUGAAGCAAAUAAUCUCAAGAACCGUUAUUCUUAUGGGACCAAUGUCAAUAACUGAAAACAAAAAAUCAAGAAAAUAAUCUCCACAGUGGUCUUCGCUGUAUGGUCAGUCAGUGCCAAUAAAUGUUCAUUUUCCCCCAAAACAGA